CGGCCGCCAUUUUGCUGCCUCUGCCGAAGCGAGCAAAAGCUUCAUUCGGGGAGCGCGAGCCUCGCAGCCGCCGCCGCCGCCGCCGCCUUUGACCGCCCGCCCGCCACAGCCAGCGUCCUCCGCGAUGUCGGCUAAUGUUGCUGCCCCACCCGCGGCUGCCGGAGGAGAAGCCGGGGCUCCCCCCGGCCCCCCACCCAACCUCACCAGUAACCGGAGGCUCCAGCAAACCCAGGCUCAAGUGGAUGAGGUGGUGGAUAUCAUGCGAGUGAACGUCGAUAAGGUCCUAGAGAGAGAUCAGAAGCUUUCGGAGCUGGACGACCGUGCCGAUGCUCUUCAAGCCGGAGCGUCUCAAUUCGAAACCAGCGCCGCCAAGCUUAAGCGCAAAUACUGGUGGAAGAACUUAAAGAUGAUGAUAAUUCUGGGGGUGAUAUGCGCCAUUAUCUUGAUCAUCAUCAUUGUUUACUUCAGUACUUAGUGGAAAUACUCCGAGACGUUUCCCCAACCAGGAGCAGAGGCCGGGAGAGGCGCACGGGGCCGAGUCUUCCAGCGCCAACUUCCCCACCCCACCCCGACCCCCCCUUACCCCGCCUCCCUCCCCAUCCCCCCCCUUUCCCCGCGUGUGUGUGUGUGUGUGUGAGCGUGGCGUUGCGUGUGGGUGUCUUGUAAAUAGCCCGAUUUGUUAUUUAUACAUAUACAUAUAUACAUAUAUAUAUACAUAAAAAUAUAUAUAUAUAUUAUAUUAUAUUAUAUUUUGUCUGUUUGUAGAUUUCUAUCUAGACUUUCUAUGUGUCGCUCCCGGUGGUUUUUUUCUUGAUUUUUAACGACAAACCUUCGAGGACCAAGGCCCACCUGCCCCCCCCCCCCGAUUCUCGCCUCCGUGGUCGUCCCCCCAUUUCCCCCAAUUCGGUGGACUCCCGACCCCCAUUUCCCUUCCGCCUCCCAACGGAGCAAUUCCUAGUUGCCACGCGGAUCAUGCCCGAUCUUGGAAUUGUAUCCCCCUCCUUUCUCGUUCUCGCAAAUAUCUAGAAUCGGAAGAUCCCGGCUCGUUGGGGAGAUCUGGGAGAAGUUCGGGGGUCGCUCCCCGUUUAGUCUUCUCGGCCGUGCUGCUAGUCCUCAGUGUCUUGGCCACUGAUCCCCGGACCUGGUGAUCUCCUCUUAACGGUUUUUUUUUUUAAAAUUUAUUAACUUAUUCGGCUUGUACUGCCAGUUUUCUCUCCCUUAAGUGUCUGCGGGAAACUCACCCGGCGUUGGCGGGAGUUAAACGCCUCCUUUCCGAGGGUCGGUGCCGGGUGGGAGUCCUCCCGCCGGCCCGCGGCGUUCUCCUCCCUCUUCCGAACCACGGGCGAAUUUACUGCCAUUUACUUCCCGUGUGUUGUUGUUUUUUUUAGUUGUGAACAACGGCGACGCAACCUGGUUGCGAUUCUUGACAUUCCACACUUUUUCUCUAAAAGCGGUGUUCCCGCUCUUAGGACCUGUGCGGUUUUUGGGUUUUUUUUGGUUUUCCUUGCUAUCACUGCCUAUCUUAACCCUGUUUUAAGGAGUUGUGUGUGCUUGUGGGUGCAUGCCUUGGGUGUGUGUAUGUGCGACUACGUUAAAAGAGCAACGCAGGAGGAGGGGGAGGGCGCUCCACUCCAGCUUGGUCUCCUUUUGCAGAAGAUACAAAGGUGGAUUUUUAUUAUUUUAUAAAAACCAGCAUAUCUGACGGGCGUUAACCGGGGCGGGAGGUGCGGGGAGGCUCUCGUUCCCGGGGACUAAGGAUAGACCCUUCCUUGACCCGGAUCCUGGGAACGAAACGUUAUAAUUUAUUGUUCGAAUUAAUUUAUUAUUAUUAUUAUUAUUAUUUGUCGGCGCUUCCUGUUUCCGCGUUAAACCUCGUGGAAAGGUGUUUUAAAGUGGGAAAGGGAGAAGGAGACAGCUGGGUAUGAAUGACUGUGGAUAAAAGAGAAAUACCUCCCUCCUCCUCCUCCUCUUUGUGCAACCUCUCUUCCUCCCUCUCCCCCUCUCCACCCACCCAGCCCCUUGUUGGCCCUGUCCUCCAAGCCUGGCCACUUUUCAGCUUUUGCAAACAGUUGUAGUUGUGAUUAAUUGUGACCAGUGACCACAAACCACCCCCUACCCACCCGCCCACCUGCCCCCCUCGUUUCAGCACAAACUGCCAUGUUUCUGGGCCUGUUUAUAAUGUUGGCUAUGUGUGAGGUUUUUUUUUUUUUUUUUUAAAAAGUAUUUUUGCGGGGGGGGGGUACCUCCCUCCCUUCGUCCCCCCCCACCGCCGCCUUUCCUCUCGUCUCCCCUUCCUUUUCCAAGAGGAAGAAAACAGCUGUAUCCUGUUCGUCACAUAUUUGCUCCCUGGAAAUUUUUCCGAAGAGGAAGAAGGAAGAGAGAGAGAGAGAGAGAGAGAAAUGAUGCCUGUAAAAUGUUUGGGGAGGGGCAAAGCACGGAUGGUGGCGGGUUAUCUCGGCAGGAGAACCCUCUGGGUCCAGUUGCCCUGCUGGAGGGGGAGAGAAAAAAACCAAACACCACCACAUGGAUUUUGGGGGGGAGGAGGGGGAGACGGACUGGAAAAAGAUCAGGAAACGGGGGAGCAGAAGUGAGAAGUUUGGGAAGGUCUCCAAGUUCCUUAGUUUGGAGGGACGACGGAGCGAGGAGACCUUGGAGACGGUUGAGCGUGGCCUUCGCUUCCAUCCUGUCCUUCUCAAGCUGGCCUGUUGGGGGGGGGGAGGGUGGUUCUUUGAGGGGGUUUCGAUCUGGGGAGAAAAGAGGGGAGAGGGAACACCCUGAGAAAUAGAGCCACGGGGAAUAGAACGGGGGUGGGGGUGGGGUGUCCGCUUGACGCAUCGUCUUCCAUAUAUAGUCUAGGACAGGGGUCGGCAACCUUAAAACACUCAAAAGAGCCAUUUGGAUCCGUUUCCCACAGAAAAGAAAACACCGGGAGCCACAGAACCUACCGGACAAGCUCAAUAAAUCGCGCGCCGGCAGGUGUCGCGCCUUGGCGGUUGCGAUACAUAUUUUGAGCGAGCAGAGGAAUGAAAGAGCCACAUGCGGCUCCAGAGCCCACAGGUUGCCUACUCCUGGUCUAGGAAAAGAGCCGUCUGCGGUAGGAGGGCUCUGGAGCCCCUUGUCAAACCCAACGUUUGAUUCAAAGGCAGAUUAAAGGAGCUUCUUUUUUGGGUGCGUGGAGGGGGCUUUAAUGAUAUUUUGGGGGUGGGGGGGCGAGGGAGGAAGGGAAGGUGGCAAGUUGCAGAUUGUGUGAGUCAAUCGGCAAUUUGUGUCAUGGGUUGAAGGCUUGUGCGGGUGAGCCGCCUUUGACGGGCCCGCAACAUCCCUUUGUGGGGUGUCGCCGUUUGUGCUGAAAAAACAAAACAAACUUGGACGCUGCCUUUUAAUAAAACGGAUUUAGUCUGAAAAGGGGGCUCCCGAGGUCCUCGUAUAGAUAGUAUAAUAGAUAAGGUCACUUUUGAAGACGAGCGGGAACGUCAAGUCCCAGAAUUCCCCAGGCCGCAAGUCCGCGAACACAUCCGGCAGAGAAUUCUGGGAGUUGAUGUUCCCACUCGCGUCUUUUUUUAAAGUGGUUUGAGAAAAUCCUGGAAUAGAGAAAGGUAUAUAGGGGUUUUCUUUCUUUUUUUUUUUUUUCCGAUGGGGGGGAAAGAGAAGGGGCUGCCCCUCUCGCAGUUGGCCAGCAGGGGUCGCUGUGGACAUGUAACUUGCCCAAAGAGGAAUUUAAAAAAGAGAAUUAAAAGAGUGGAAUAAAAUGGAUCCCAGCCCAAAACCUGAGACAGACACCGGUGUGGAAAGGAAAUUUCCUUGAGUUUAAAUUGCCCAGCCAGCCCUGCUCCUCAAAACAAAAACAAAAAAAAUAAUAAUAGGGGGCUAAGAUCCAAUUUGGGAUAGAAGCAGGGGUUCGAUAAUGCUGUGAAAAAACAAAACAAAAAAAAACUCAAAAUUGAUAUUCGGAGACAAAAAUAAAAACCUACAAUAAAUAUAUAUCCUGUGUGGAGAAUGCCCCCCAAA